AUGGUCGUGGCGGGUUGUAGGUCACGUUAAAAAUGAGCUUGAAAAACGCGGCAAAAAUGACCCAACGGGAGAAAUUCGAGUUAAUUAAUUCGGAAGUGCGUUCUUUUUACGAGUAUUGUAAGGAGGCUGGAAUAUCAGAUGAGGAUAUGGACAUAAUAUGUCGCCCAUUAACAUCGGCCGUGAGGAAAGCAUCCAUUAAGAGAUGGACCCGCACGAUUUUAUGUGUAGUGAUGGUGUUGGCUAUUGGAUAUACUGUGAGCCAGACAGACAGUUUCCAGUGGCAUGCGGCUGCCCUCGCCAGAAUGAUGUUAAUCCGACUGCUUCCAAUCUGGGACUGGACUCCGCUGUAUUACAAUAAAUGUCUGAUCGAGAGGUCGCAGCCCCACAACUUGGACAACGAUUUGAUUUCACCUACGGAUUGUAUAUCAUGUGAAUCCAUCCAGACAAUCGCCCGCGUUACUGAUUCCAAUUACAACGAGGUAUUCAACCACCAUCUAGUGCGAGGUGCACCCGUCAUCGUCGAGGACGCGCACUACGACUGGUCACUGUCCCGGGACCUCAACCUGACUAGCUUCAUCGGCGACGACGGCCGCCUGCGAGACUCUGUACCCUGCCGCGUCCUCACCAACAUCCGCCUCGGCCGACAACCCAUGGACCUUGAGGAGAUCGUCUCCAGAAUCACCAGCACCAACAUACCUAGCUGGUUCGUGCACUUCCAGAACUGCGAUAUCCGCGCCGUCAAGUCCUUCCGACUCCUCGCACCCAGACCUUACUUCCUCUCCCCCCACAUCCCCCCUUCGCACUUCAAUUGGUUACUCCUCUCUAAAAAUUAUGACACCCAUAGAUAUAAGUUCUUAGAACUGGAUGUGGGUUUGGUGAUAAUGUCGCAGCUAAAAGGGAAGAAUUUCAUACAAUUAAAGCCGCGGGCGCCAUGCGAAGAUAUCUGUUAUACCUUGAAUUUAGAACUUGUAGAGGGGGAGACCCUGGUCCUGGUCACUUCCCUAUGGGAGGUGGAGUACCGGCCCAGCAAGGGGGAGAAUGUGGCCAUGCUCACAGAGACCGACUGGCUGGAGUCAUAAUGCUGGACCAUUUGAAUGUUUGUCGUUACUGUGGUUUAAAAGUUUGAUGAUGUUGCCAGUGAAAAUACCUAACAGUUCAAAAUGCUACAAUUUAAGCCUGUAUUAUAGUAGAAUAGGAUUUUUGUUUUUUUGUAACUUAUUUUCUGCAAGGUUAAGAAAUAUUGCUCGAUUUGUAAGUACAAACCAUAAUAAAUAUCAAAGAAAAGAUUGGCUAUCUAUGAGUAUAUAUUUAAUCUACUUUUGAAUUAAUAUAACGUGUAAAAAAUUAA